AUGGGCAGCCUUUCUGAUGUCCGCGUGGAGCCAAUUGCCAUUGUCGGUUCUGCGUGUCGAUUCCCUGGGGGAGCCAACUCUCCAUCCAAGCUUUGGGACCUUCUCCAUUCUCCGAGGGAUGUUUUGAUGGACUUUCCACCAAGCCGUCUCCGGCUAUCCAACUUCUAUCACAAAGAUGGAGAGCACCAUGGUUCUACUAAUGUCAUAAACAAAUCGUACCUUUUGGCUGAGGAUCCGAAUGUAUUUGAUGCGGCAUUUUUCAAUAUCAAUGGCCUUGAAGCGCAGGCCAUGGAUCCGCAACAUCGGAUCCUUCUCGAAACGGUCUAUGAAGCGCUGGAGCGUGGCGGCUGUAGCCUAGACGAUAUCCAAGGGACCAAAACAUCAGUUUUUGUCGGCGUGAUGAACGCCGAUUACUACGACAUCCAGCUGCGGGACUCGGAGACCAUGGCUCGGUAUAACGCGACUGGAACGGCAAGAAGUAUUAUAUCAAACCGAAUUUCGUACUUUUUUGACUUGAAAGGGGCAUCUAUGACUAUUGACACAGCCUGCUCGAGCUCACUCGUUGCCUUGCACCAGGCCGUUCUUUCGCUCCAAAAUAGGGAGGCCGAGGCCUCCAUUGUAGCUGGUGCAAACCUGCUUCUCGAUCCCACCAUGUAUAUUGCCGAGUCGAACCUGCAUAUGCUCUCCCCAGAGGCGCGAUCACGGAUGUGGGAUAAGGAUGCCAACGGGUAUGCUCGUGGCGAAGGGUUCGCGGCCGUGUAUCUCAAGCCCCUGUCAGCGGCCUUGAGGGAUGGAGAUGAGAUCGAAUGUAUCAUCAGAGGAACUGGUGUCAAUUCUGAUGGUCGAACGAAAGGCAUCACCAUGCCAAGCUCGGUCGCCCAGACUGAGUUGAUCCGCGACACGUAUCGACGGGCCGGCCUCGACCCGUCUGUGGAUCGACCACAGUUCGUCGAAUGCCACGGAACCGGAACUGCUGCCGGGGAUCCGGUCGAGGCGCGGGCGGUCCAUGACGCCUUUUUUCCCCCGUCCUCCAAGAGAGACAAUGAGCGGCCUCUGUAUGCUGGCUCCAUUAAGACAAUUAUUGGUCAUCUGGAAGGAUGUGCUGGCCUUGCAGGGGUGCUCAAAGCCAGUCUGGCUCUGCAGAACCGCAUCAUCCCCCCGAACAUGCAUUUCAAUGACUUGAGUCCUUCAGUCAAGCCAUUCUACGGCAUGAUUCAGAUUCCGAAACAGCCAAUGCCGUGGCCUGAGUCGACCACAUUCCGUGCGAGUGUCAAUAGCUUUGGAUUUGGCGGGACCAACGCCCAUGUCAUCCUCGAAGGGUAUUACAAGGGGGGCGAGUGCCUUAACGGCGGCUGCCAGCAGGCAAGGCUAGACUCCUUCGUCGGUCCCAUGUUGUUCUCUGGAAAUACCCAAACAACAUUGAGGGCUAUGAUCAAAGAGUACUUUGACUACCUCAGCGCGAACCCAUCCUUGGAUCUCGAAGGGCUGGCAAGGGCUCUUGCAGAUCGUCGAUCUAUGUUUCCUGUCAGAGCCUUCUUCUCAGGAUCUAACCGCGAAGCGCUUCUCAAGUACAUGGGUCAAGCCCUGAUAUCCUCCGAGGGCUCCGACAUUGGCACAAGGUCACUUGCAUCAUCCGACACUCCUGGGCUCUUGGGCAUCUUCACCGGCCAGGGUGCGCAAUGGGCAACCAUGGGCAAGGCGUUGAUCCACAGCUGCCUCCUUUUCCGAGUAUCCAUCGAAAACUGCGAAGAAUCCCUAUCAACGUUGCCAGACCCACCGUCCUGGUCGCUGAUGCAGGAACUUUUGGCCGACGACAAGGAGUCCCGUAUCGGGCAGGCGGCGUUCUCGCAGCCACUCUGCACGGCCUUGCAAAUAGCCUUGGUGGAUCUAUGCUCCGCCGCGGCCAUUACCUUUGAUGCAGUGAUUGGCCAUUCGUCUGGCGAAAUCGCUGCAGCCUAUGCCGCGGGAAUCCUGUCCGCGAAAGAUGCCAUCCGGAUUGCAUACUACAGGGGCCUAUACGCCAAGCUGGCAUCAGGGCCAGAUGGACAGCCUGGUGCCAUGAUGGCCGUAGGCCUCUCCAUGGAAGGUGCAAUGUCAUUCAUUGCAGAGUGUGGCCUGUAUGGGAAGGUGUGCUUGGCUGCCAGCAAUUCUCCCUCCAGUGUCACCUUGUCGGGAGACAAAGAUGCCAUUCUUCAGGCAAAGGGAUUCCUAGAUGAGCGGAAGGUCUUCGCACGGCAGCUGCAAGUGGACACGGCCUACCAUUCCCAUCAUAUGCUUUCUUGCGCAGAUGCCUACCUCAAGUCCUUGGAAGCAUGCAAUAUUAAACCAAGUUUGCCACGUGCGGGCUGCGUAUGGGUAUCAAGCGUGCGGGGUGAUAUUGAGAUUCUUGAAAAAGGGGAUUUUACUAGUUUGAACAGCCAGUAUUGGGUAGACAACAUGGUCAAGCCCGUCCUGUUUUCUCAAGCCGUGGAAUGUUCACUCUGGGCCGGAGGCCCCUUUGACAUGGUGCUUGAGCUGGGCCCUCAUCCCGCGUUGAAAGGACCCGCCACCCAGACAUUGAAGUCGGCUCUUGGCACCUCACUUCCCUACGCCGGUAUAAUGCGUCGUGCCACAAACGAGGUCGAGGCAUUCUCUGGGGCAAUUGGCUACGUGUGGUCUCAUCUUACUGACUACCACAUUGACUUUGCUUCCUACCGCGAGUCAUUCUUCAAGGAGGCCGAUCGAGCUCCAGCUACCCUCAAAGACCUCCCAUCGUAUCCGUGGCAGCAUGACAAAGCCUACUGGAAGGAGUCUCGCAUUUCUAGACAAUUCCGCCUACGGCAUUCACCGUUGCACGAACUUCUGGGUAGGCGGGCCCCAGAUGACUCAGACAGUGAGAUGCGUUGGCGAAAUGUUCUGCGGUUGUCGGAGUUAGAAUGGAUCCGCGGACACGAGUUUCAAGGCCAAGCCCUAUUCCCAGCGAUGGGGUACAUUGCAAUGGCUUUGGAAGCAGUUACAAUUGCAACGAAAGGCCAACAAAUCAGUCUCGUCGAUAUUGAGGACUUCCAUGUCCUACAAGCAGUCGUUCUCGAAGAAGAACAUCCUGGGGUGGAAAUUGUGUUUAGUCUAAAGCAAACCGGUGACUGCAAAUGGGACUUCAACUGCUAUACCUGCUCUGAUGAGUGGAAGGACCUGACCAAGACGAGCACCGGACGCCUCAUUCUUUUUAAGGGUGAGGGCUCCGCUUCAGAGCUUCCAUCGCGGCCAAAGAAACGGGCAAACCUAUCACCGCUCGAUCGCGAGAUGUUCUACCGCAAGCUGUCUAGUCUCGGACUCAGCUACCAUGGCCUGUUCAAACCUCAGAGCUCAUUCCAGAGAUCCCAAUCUUAUGCCACUGGAAGUGCCUCCUGGCCGCUGGAUCAGCUGGGUCAGGAAUACGUUGUUCAUCCUGCCGUGAUGGAUGUUGCAUUGCAUUCCAUAUUUGUGGCAUUCGCCUCCCCCGUGAGCCAUGAGCUCUGGGCGACCUACCUGCCUGUCGCAAUUGAUCGGUUGUCCUUCAACCCAAAUAUUAGCCUCUAUGGCACGGAUGGGGCUCUGACGAUCGAGAUAGAUACGUUCAUAACGGAAUCUUCAUCUAGCACUAUGAAGGGUGAUGUGUAUCUGUUGUCUCCAGAUGCCACUCCAAGCAUCCUUAUUGAAGGUGUUCGUCUUCAAUCGUUCACAGAGGCUAAGGCACUGAAUGAUCGACUGCUAUUCUCCAAGAUCGUUUGGGGUGCCGACAUUGCCCAUGGAUUCUCGUCGCGUGCAGUCGAAUGCGCGAACAAAGAUCAAUUCGAGCUCUGCGACGCAAUGGAGCGUACCUCUCUCUUCUUCUUACAGCGUGCCUUCGCCGAGUUAGCCCCCUGUGAGAUCGAGCAAUCCGAGCCUCAGUUUCGACACCUGCAUACCGCAUUUCUGAAGGUUAUCGAGCAGAUUAAGGGCGGUUUACACAAAAGCAUCCACAGCGAAUGGCUAGGGGACUCUUGGAAUGAUGUAAACUCGCUUCGUCGUUCAUUUGAGUCUUCGAUAGACCUGGAAAUGAUGCAUGCAAUUGGCCAGUCUCUUCCUGACGUGAUACGCGGCCGUAGGCCACUCUUGGAAGUUAUGAUGCGGGACAACCUCCUCAACCGAUUCUACACAGAUGGUCGACUAUUUGUGCCCCUUAACCUCUAUGUUGCCAAGACUGUCAAGGCCAUGAUACACAAGAACCCUCAUAUGAAGAUCCUGGAGAUUGGUGCAGGUACUGGUGCCACCACGAAAGCCAUCCUUGACACCAUUGGAGACACAUUUGACUCAUACACAUACACCGAUAUCUCUCCCGGAUUCUUUGCACAAGCCCAGGAAAGGUUCGCACUUCAUAGGCAACAGAUGCGAUUUCAAACCUUGGACAUCGAAAGGGACACUGUUGAACAAGGGUUUGAACGGCACAGCUAUGACUUGGUGGUUGCCGCUAAUGUUCUGCACGCGACAUCUCAUUUACAGGAAACAAUGGGUCAUGUCAGGUCCCUGCUUCGUCCUGGAGGCUACCUGCUCAUAGUUGAGGUAACGGGUGAGACGCUGCAACUCAUGUAUGUUAUGGGUGGCUUUCCGGGCUGGUGGUUGGGCGUGGACGAUGGCCGAACGGACGGUCCGGGCAUUCCUGCCGUCCAAUGGGAGGGUCUGCUGCAAAUGACGGGCUUUUCCGGGAUCGAGGCAACCGUUUCUGAUUUGCCAAGCGAUGGUAAGCAUUCAUGCUCCGCCUUGGUCAGUCAGGCCAUUGAUGACAAGCUUGAAUUGUUUCGCGACCCAUUGCCUAGAGUUGGCGAUGUCCCUAUCCGGGAUCCAAUUCUCAUCCUCGGAGGAGGCACACUCCCUGUCGCAAAGCUGGUGACCGGAGUGCGGAAGCUGUUAAGGCCUUUCCGUUGGAACAUCCAACAUGCGCCCAGCGUUGACCAUUUGACGGUUCCUCUUGAGGGUAGUCGAUCAGUCAUUUGUCUCUCUGAGCUGGACAACCCUCUUCUUUCCGAGCCAUUGACUGAUACCCGACUUUCCAAGCUUCAAGCAGUCCUGGGUAGUGCGACAAACGUGCUUUGGAUCACAAGAGACCGGCUUACAGACUAUCCACAUUCGAAUAUGAUAACUGGGCUUGGCAGAACGCUACAGUUUGAGCUUCCCGAUAUCAAUAUUCAGUUCCUCGAUAUUAGAUCCGGCAUCUCGAUCGGUGCGGAUCAGGUUGUGACCAAGUUCCUCCAGCUUUGCCUGGUAAACUCGCCAGAGUAUUUACAGGAUGAUGUGCCAUGGAAGAUCGAACCGGAGCUGUCGUUCGACGGCGGGGAAUGGCAAAUACCUCGUAUUAUCCCGUACAAAGCACUCAACGACCGGUACAACGCCACACGCCGCCAAAUAAUGAAACCGCUGGACGCUUCCAGGCAGUCAGUUGAGCUUGCGUGCUUCGAUGGCCGUAUCAUUAUCCGUGAAGGCAAACGCGUAACCGGCACAUCUACAGGUUCGGUGCGUCUCAGGACCAUCCUCGCAACUCGAUUGGUCAGUAGUCGGCUAGCGUCAUUCUUUCUUUGCAUGGGAGUUGAAGCAGAUAAUGGAAGGACUGCAGUAGCCAUUACCACCAGGAUGGGGUCUCUAAUGGACAUCCCGUCGACAGAUGCUUGGUUCCUUCCGCAACGUUCGCAGUGUGAUCCAGCGUUGCUUUAUUUCAUUGCUGGACAGGUUCUUGCAGUCGCAUUAUCUUUUGCCUCACCGCGCUCAGGAUCCGUUAUUCUGUACGAGCCGACAGAGGCCCUUGCUGAGGCAAUCAUAUUGAGUCGGUCCUGGGUGCAAGAACAACCAUACUUCAUCACAUCCAGGUCUGGUACACUUCAGAAAGGCUGGACUUAUAUUCAUCCCCGUGUAUCGCAUAACAUAGCAAGAGAUGUACUUCCCGGUGAUACCGCAGCGCUCAUAGAUUGCUCGGAUGAUUGUCCGCAUUGGGCUGUGCCUACCACGGUCGGGAAACUAAUCCCUUUGGCGUCUUGCGUCGUGGAAUACCUAACGCGCACACCUAGUACCUUCAGCAGUAUCAUCGAACACGCGUAUUCCGAGUCACUGCUGGCUGCGUUGCCUUCGACAGCGCAACUUUCAGCGUCAAUACUCUCAGUUGAAGACAGCGCGGGUCAAUCCUCUUCUCUGCUGUCCUAUCCUAACAUCGUCAAUUUCGACUGUAACAAUGCGGUCUUAGCUACGGUAGCUCCACUAGACUGCACAGGAUUGUUCUCAUCUGCUAAGACAUAUUGGAUGAUCGGCCUCAACUCCGAGCUUGGUCUAUCCAUUUGUCGCUGGAUGAUUGUUCAGGGUGCCCGACACAUUGCCAUAACCAGCCGCAGUGGCAAGGUUGAUGCACCGUGGCUUGACGAAAUUCAAUCCAUGAACGGAAACAUCAAAGUAUACCCAAUGGAUGUCGCUGAUCGUGAGGCAGUGCACUCUGUCCACCAAGAGAUCUUGAGAACGAUGCCCCCCAUUGCUGGAGUUUGCAAUGGCGCGAUGGUUCUCUCCGAUAAACUUUUCAUGAACAUGAAGGCAGAAGAUAUGAAUAAGGUGUUGAAACCUAAAGUAGAUGGUUCGAUCUACUUGGACGAGCUCUUCUGUACCACGCAACUUGACUUCUUUAUUCUUUUUUCGUCGCUCGCUAGUGUGGUAGGAAACGGCGGGCAGUGCAAUUACCAUGCCGCCAAUAUGUUCAUGACAAGCCUUGUCUCUCAGAGGAGAUCGCGUGGUUUGGCUGCUUCGGUGAUCGACAUUGGUCUAGUAGUGGAUGUAGGCUACGUUGCUCGGGCUGGACAAUCGUUGAUAGACCAUCUUGUGAACCUAUUCUACACACCCCUGUCGGAGUCGGACAUUCAUAAGCUAUUUGCUGAGGCCGUCAUGGCAAGCCCUGUGGACUCCGGACUAUGUCCUGACAUUAUCAUGGGUGUUGAGCCAGUUCAUGAUAUUUCUGCGUCCCUGAAGAAGCCACCUUGGUACAACAACCCGAUCUUCUCGCAUCUUCGACUCGGGACAGAAGCAAGCUCGCAAGACAGUGACCAAUCCAACUCGACAUCAGCUAGUAUCAGGGACCAGGUGAGCAGUGCCAGCUCUGUCGAGGAAGGCACAGAUGUCCUCCUGCGUUGCUUCGCGGCCAAGUUAGAGGCUAUGCUAUCUCUUGCCACCAACAGCGUUAACGUCAAUAUGCCAUUGCUAGACAUUGGAGUUGAUUCUCUACUUGCAGUUGAGAUCAGACAAUGGUUCUUCACCAAGCUUUAUGUUGACAUUCCAGUGCUGAAGGUUCUUAGCGGAGAUACAGUUGUUGAGAUUUGCGCGGAGGCGAUUCAAAAGUUCGCGCAGAUGAGCCCAAGCGCAUUCCAAGGAACGUCCAGCGCUGCUUCAAAGAUCAAACAGGCAACGGCAUCACCACCUGAGAUAGGCAGAGAGGAGGCACAAUCUACGUCGAGGGCCGGUAUUUUGCCCACAGAUCAGGACAAUGACAAUUCCUCAGACUCAGAGUCGCAACGGAAGUCAGGCGCCAGUUCCUCAUCUGGAUCAGGUACCAGGACUCCGACAAGCAUAGAUGAGUACUUUGAGACAAACGUGAAUAUGCUUUCUCGGUCGGGUCCUAUGUCCUACGCACAAUCUCGUCUAUGGUUCCAGCAACAACUGGUUAAAGACCCCACUGCUUUGAAUAUUGUUGUUCGUUUCGAUGUCAAAGGCUAUCUAGAUGUAGAUAGACUUGCAGCGGCUGUGACCGCUACGGUUAACCGACACGAUGCACUCCAUUCUGCUUACUUUGCCCACCUGGAUACCCAAGAGCCUCUUCAAGGGGUGAUCGAAGCGCCCGGAGACAUUUUUCAGCACGUCAAGGUACACGACGACAACGCUGCGAGCGCUAUUUUUCUGGAGAUGCAGAAUAGACAUUGGGACCUCGAAAGAGGCGAUGUGUUCAAGGUCACUCUGUUGACAUUCCCUACCAACGUACAGUCCUUGAUUAUUGCUUAUCAUCAUAUCGUCCUGGAUGGGUUCAGCUGGCAUGUGUAUCUUCGCGAUCUGAGCAUGUCCUACCAGCAACAAGCACUGCCACCUGUAGGGCCACAAGCUCUGGACUUUGCUUUGAUAGAGGCCCAGGAGACUAAAAAUGAAGAGUAUAAUGCUCAGCUAGAAUUUUGGAGGGAGGAGCUCUCGCCCGUUCCAGAGACUUUCCCACUUCUGCCAUUUUCUAGCUCUAAAGUUCGACAAGACAUGCAGAGCUUCCAGAGCACGACGGCGACACGUGAACUGCAUUUCGAUAUCCUGGCGCGUGCCAAGGCCGCCAGCCAGAGACUGCGAGUGACGCCCUUUCACUUCCACCUUGCAAUUGCUCAGGUCCUGUUGUACAAAUUGACGAAUAUUGGCGAUCUUUGUAUAGGAGUGACAGAUGUCAAUCGGACCAAUAGAAAGUUCGCUGAAACGGUUGGAUUCUUCCUAAAUUUGGUUCCCUUGCGCCUUCGCGUCAAACCGACCGACUCGUUUACUGAGGUGCUCCACCGGACAUCGAAGAAGGCCCUGUCCGCAAUGGAGCAUUCUGGAGUGCCUAUUGACGUAGUCCUUCGUGAACUGAACAUCCGGCGAUCGUCAGGCCACAGUCCGCUGUUCCAGGUUGUGUUCAACUACAGGGUUGGUGAUAUGCUUCAGGUCCCAUUCGGAGGUGGCCGACUUGAACUUCAUUCCAGCAUAGAAGCUCGAAGUCCUUACGAUGUCGUAUUCAAUGUCACCCAAUGUCCUAGUGGAGCGAGCUACCUCCAGGUUACUUCUCGGGAUGCUUUGUACGCCCCUGAGGUUUCGGGCGUGAUAUGCGACAUGUAUAUUCGUCUCCUAGAGGAUUUCGCUGGGGACACCUCUAUGCAAAUACAGGACGGUCUCCUUAACGACAAAAGCGAACCGGGGAUAGGGCUUGGACCUCGCCUCGAAUUUGGCUGGCCUCGAACUAUGAGCGAGCUAUUUUCUCAGCGUGCAGCAACUGACGCGAAUAGUAUUGCCGUGAAGGACUGCAGGGGGGCUGUGAGUUACGCAGAGCUACAGCAGCGGGUCGCCGACAUCACACAGGACAUAUUGGGGUGCAACCCUCCGCCCAAUGCACGGGUUGCUGUCUGCAUUCACCCUUCGAGGGAUACGAUAGCUGCGAUGCUGGCGACUCUUGCAGCUGGAUGUGUGUAUGUGCCUAUCGAUAUAACAUUACCUGAAGCUCGGCGAAGAGCUAUCCUGGACAGCUGUCGACCCAGCGUCAUAUUGUGCGAUAGCACGUCAGCAGACAGUAUCGACCAAUUCGCUCCACAAGAAUGCAGGAAAGUUGAUCUAGGCGAUUCGCCAACACGUGCAACUACGACUGCAAUGCCCGAACCAGUUGCGGAUGAUCCGGCCUUCUUGCUCUAUAGUAGUGGAUCAACCGGGAUCCCGAAAGGGAUUUUGCUUCCUCAGAAAGGCUACAUGAACUACCUAGCAUCGAAAGGUCACCACCUAUGCUUGGGGCGAGAGGUUGUCCUGCAGCAGAGCUCAGUGGGCUUCGACAUGUCUAUUGCUCAGAUCGGAAAUGCCCUUGCUCAUGGAGGCACUGUCGUGGUUGUCCCGCAGAGUGUCAGGGGCGAUCCUGUUGCGACGGCACAGUUGAUGCUUCAGGAGAAGGUUACUUUCAUGAUUGGGACGCCGUCUGAGUAUCUGAUGCUUCUUCAACAUGGCGGUGACUACCUCCGUCAAUACAGGGACUGGCGACAUGCCUGUCUCGGUGGUGAGUCGGUGACGGAGCCACUAAAGCGCGAGUUCCGGCGCUUGUCUCCUAACUGUCCCAAUGUGACUGAUUGCUAUGGACCAACUGAAAUUUCCGCCGCUACUUCAUUCAACACGCUUGACCUGGACCGGGGUGCAGCCAAUGAAUAUUCAACGGUUGGAAGACCGAUUCCCAAUUCGACUAUAUACAUCUUAGGUGACAAUGGGGAUAUCGUCCCACCAGGCUUGGUUGGCGAAAUAUGCAUUGGUGGUGUCGGGGUCGCCCUCGGGUACUGGAACCUGCCAGACCUUGAGAAGCAAAAGUUUAUCCAUGACCCUUUUGCAUCUUCAGCAGACAGGCGCCGGGGCUGGACGAGGUUGUACAAGACCGGCGACCGUGGGAGGCUGGGGCCAGACGGGGGCCUGAUAUUUAUGGGCCGACUCGAUGGUGACACGCAGAUCAAGCUACGUGGCUUACGGAUCGACCUCGAAGAGGUGGCCAACAGCCUGCUUCAAGUCGCCGCCGGACUGCUUUCAGAAACGGUGGUCUCGGUACGGGGGGACCCAGAAUUCCUUGUCGCUCAUGCAGUACCCGCCAGGGGUCAAAAGGUGACGAAUAGCGAUCUCGAGUCGUUCAAGAGAUCCCUGCCGCUACCCCAAUACAUGUGUCCGGCAGCUAUAGUGUUACUUGAUCGUCUUCCCACCACUCCAAAUGGGAAGGUCGACCGGAAGGCUUUACAAGAUAAGCCUCUGCCUACUGAGCCUGACUCGUCAUUUCCCACCGAGGCUCUGAGUCUUGCAGAGGGGGAGCUACGCCUGGUGUGGCAAGAUGUUCUGCAGCAGACCGCUCAGACCGGGCGAAUUGAUUCACGAACGGACUUCUUCAUGGCGGGCGGCAACUCCCUUCUCCUGGUCAAGCUCCAGGGAGCGAUCAAGAAUGCAUACGGCUUAUCCAUCGCCCUCAAAGAUCUGUACCGGUGUUCUACGUUGGGACGGAUGGCUACUCUGAUUGACGCCGAGAAGAAGAACCAGCCUAUCUUCGAGAAAAUCGACUGGGAGGAUGAGACACGCGUGCCCGGCAGCCUCGCACGUGGCCAACGGUUGCGAGAGCCCAAAAAGACUGAUCUGCACAUCGCCCUCACUGGAUCCACCGGGUUUCUGGGGAUGGAGAUUUUGAAGGCCUUGCUAGAACAGCCGACCGUCAGCAAAGUCCAUUGUCUUGCAGUAGAUGCGCAGCACGGUCAGAGCCUCCCAAAAUCCCAUAAGAUUGUUAUCUACCCUGGAUCCCUCAAUGUUUCUGCGCUAGGGCUGAGCACCAGGGAAGUCGACUUUUUGAAGUCGACCGUAGACGCCUUGAUCCAUGCGGGUGCGAAUGGACAUUGCCUAAACAACUACUUCUCGCUGCGGAUGCCCAAUCUAGGAUCAACUCGCUUCCUCACCGAGCUGGCGCUCUCGAGAGGCGUUCCCCUACACUACGUUUCUUCUAACCGGGUGACGUUACUCUCCGGCGAUGUCGCGCUCCCUCCGGGGUCAAUGUCGGCAUUCCCGCCGCCCGAGACUGGCAGCGAUGGUUUUACUGCGUCGAAAUGGGCCAGCGAGCGAUAUCUGGAGAACGUUGCCGAGGCGACGGGGUUAGAUGUGUGCAUCCACCGACCUUGUGCGCUGACAGGCGACCAAGCGCCCAGCGAGGAUGCCUUGAAUGCGAUCCUGCGGUUUUCUGUGCUGAUGAAAGUCGUACCACAGUUUCCCAAUGUAAGAGGAUUCUUUGAUUUUGAAAAGGUGGGAGUUGUGGCAACCAACAUUGUGAAGAAGGCUUUGCAGAGUGUGCAGGUAACCAGGGUUCAUGCCACAUCGGUUGCAUCAUUCGCCCAUCACUCCAGUGGGGUCAAGGUGCCGGUUGACAAGAUCCAGGACCGUAUGCAGGACCUUUAUGGUGGGGUGUUCGGUCGUCUUGCGCUUGCAGAUUGGGUGCAGAGGGCCCGCACUUUGGGAAUCGAGCCCCUGGUAGCCAGCUACCUGGAGGCCAUGGAGUCGCGAGGCGAGGAGAUGGCGUUCCCCUUCCUAGGGAUGCCAAGCGACUAA